GUUGGAGUACAUUUUCUGCAUUCUUAAUAGAUAGCUAGCAGGAAAUGCCUCGUUUAGGCUCUGCUAGAGGGGUAGAAAGUAGCAAGGGGAGGGCACAAGAUCGCCAGGCCCUGCUCGGGCCAGCACUGAGCUGCUCUAAAACGGGCCAGGCGGCUCCGGCCAUCAAAAGGUACGUUUGCCCGGCCAUAGCAUCUUCCUGUGUCUCCGCCGAUGGUCGAGAAUUAAGCUCUCCCCUGUGUCACGAUGGAAGAAGUGAGGAAGACCGCUGUCCAGAUGCAGAGCCCUAUCAAGACUGAAUGGAAUUCCCGCUGUGUCCUUUUCACCUAUUUCCAAGGGGACAUUAGCAGCGUAGUGGACGAACACUUCUCCAGAGCUCUGGGCAAUGUCAAGAGCCCCCAGGGACUCAGCCCUUCCAGCCAGAGCGGAGAUGUGAUCCUGAGGAAUGAUAGUGACAUGCCUCCAAAUCAGUGGCGUUUCUCUUCUCAGUGGACAAAGCCACAGCCGGAAGUAUCUUUUGCAAAUGGUGCCGCCAGCUGCAGCUUGAGUGGAUCUGGUCCCAUGGCUAUGGAUCAGUAUCCAGUGUCCCUGACCGGGAGCCCUUCCAUUCAGCCUGGCGAGCUGAGGCAUUUCUCCUCCCCCGCCAGCUCCAGCUUCCCAGAGCCUGGCUACCCUCAUGCCUUUUCCACUGGGCACUUGGUUCCAGAGCCCCAGCCUGAUGGGAAGUAUGAGCCCCUCCUAAGUCUCCUCCAGCCAGAGAGAUGCCUAACCCAUCCUCAGGAAUCUGCCUCGUGGGAGGAUGGCUACUCUGCCCAGACGUCCGGAAGCAUGGGAUUGCUCUUCAACCUGCCUUCCGGCUCAGCCCACUUUAAGAAAAUCUAUUUCCCCCCUGAUGGUGGACCUGCCAGUGCCAGCCUUGCAGUUGAAAAAAGCCAGUCUCCAGAGAGAAGAAAAGAUCUGUUCUUUUACUGAACUCCGGUUUAAAGAAGAGAAUUCCUUUUUCCAAACCUGCUUAUGGUUUUCUACUGGGAAUCCAGAGGGUCUAGAGACAUCGCCGUCCUUAUCUCUUUCUGCCACAAAAGAGCACUGAGUCCAAAGCAAGUUUCUGUUCUCCCUGAAAUUCUAUACUUUUCCUUGGCACCUAUGCCCCACGUUAGGUUUUGUGUUUUUUUUAACUUUUUAAGCAUAUAAGAUGGUUAAAAGAGAUGUUCAGUGGUGGGGAGCAUAGAGGCUCACACCCCCUGCACCCACUGCCCUCCUACUUAGAAAUCAGCCGCCUUACCCUCCAUCAGCUGGGUCUUCCACAUCAAGACUGACGGCGUGGUACCCGAUGGGGUUGUCCCACUCUUCCAACUGAAUAGAGGUUCCAGGAACAGCCUGACACUUUCUAGCCUUAACCAGACUAUUUCCAUCUUCCCUCUUGCCUCUACAAAAAGCAAAAUGGAAAUGGAGUGGGCAAGACCCACUGAGAGUGGCUGGAGUCUGAAAGGAAGCUGAAAAGGUCUCAGGCUGGGCCUGAUGAAUGAGGCAGUCACUCGGAAAAUUUGAUCCCUCAUUUCUAAAAAAGUGAUUCCAAAUAGAAUGGCUGAGCAAUCUGAGAAGUAACUUGCAAGUAGUUAGUAAGCAAGCCACCCCAUCCCAAGCGGGGCCUAGAGGAAGCUCUGUAUCCAGAACAUUUCUUGGAUGAGUUCCAUGACUUCCUGGCUGCCUUCCCUCUGAGGAGGAGGACCCUGGCAGCCCACAGGUGCUCAUCUGCACCUGACAGCCAUCUGCAGGGGCCCACCUGGCUGCCACGAACACGGAACCUUUCCUGUAGCUCUUCCACUGUUAGUGACAUCGGGAAAAUAGUAACUUUCCUUUCAGCACAGAACCGUUGGGGCCACCAGUGUGGAUGCCCACGUGGGUCCAAGACUUGGUAGCAGGACUUCCCUGCAGAUUGUUCCAGAUGAAAUGACAAAUUUCUCCGAACUCCUUCAUCUGUCCUUCAUCUCUCCAAUCUGAUAGACAGCUCACGGUCCAGUGUGAGCUCGGUACGUAGCCCUGACAACCCUGGAGGCCCCUGCCAUCAGCGUUCCCCACGCACACCCCACUUGCUCCCGUGUAACAGCUCAAAGGGUGAAUAAGCAAAUGACAUUUUUGGAUUAUGCUGUUCUUAAUUCUAAAUUCUUUCACAUCCAUGAUCUCAUGCAAACUUCUCAGCAACCCUAGGAUUGACAUGAUUAUCUUCACUUAAUACAUGUGGAUACUGAGGCUUAGAGUUGGCCAAUGACCUGCCCAAGGUCACACAGCCAGCGCUGGAACCCAGGUCUGAUCUCAGGGCUCUUUUCUCUCCACCAUAAUAUUUAUCAAAGGUUACCAUCAGGGUGGCUCUUAGAUAUUUUGUUCUCCCAUCUGCUAUGUAAAUAAAGACCACAGCUCUUGCAUGAG